AUGUCACUCAAUACCAAGAACAGCAUUGCUCACAGAUUCUGGUCCAAUCUAGCUUAUGACAAGAUGACUAGCCAGAUUGAAGCAGUUCCAAGCCCCUCUUUGGAUACAACCCAAGCUACUGAAGUUGAACAAGAUGCAUGGGAGAAAUAUUUGCAAGUUGUGCUAGACCAUGAGAGAGAGGAGAUCAAGCAAUGGCGCGAUGAGAUAGACACCCUACUUGUAUUUGCAGGUCUUUUCUCAGCAGUCCUGACUGCAUUUAAUGUUCAAUACUAUCCUGAACUGAAGUCAAGCUCAACAGCUCAACCAUCCACUGCUGCUGUUGUCAUCAAUGCACUGUGGUUCCUGGCCCUGGUCCUCAGUCUUGCAGCUGCAUCAAUUGGCAUCAGUGCAAAACAAUGGCUGUCUCAUUAUAUGGUCCCUAACACUGUUACAGUCAUUCAGCGACUCCGUGUCUGGCAUCUGCGCCAUCAAUCGUUCCAGCGCUGGCAUGUACCAGAGAUCAUCGAGGUGCUGCCCCUCCUUCUUCAGUUAUCCCUUGCAGCAUUCCUCACUGGCAUUGCGAUCCUACUGUGGACAUUACACCGUGCAGUUGCUGCCAUAGUGAUUGCUCCAAUGGGGACCUUGCUGUUGUUCACAAUUUGGACAGUCAUCACACCAUCUAUUGUUAACCCUGGAUGCCCCUACAAAUCACCACAGGCCAGGUGGAUCUACCUUCUAUCCCGCUAUAUGACACUAGAUGAUGGUGUGGUCCACCUGCAUGAUGAAGAUGACGAACCCAAAGAUCACUCAGGCAGUGGUCCCCAAAAGUCUUCAUUCGGGAUCAGGCAUAAUGCCCUGCCAGUGAAUGACUGGUUAGGUCGCGAGGACCAUUGGAUUCACACUGUGGCACCCCCAUUUGCAACAGCGAGCACCGAUCUCGCGGUAGCAGUCGACACUACAAUACAGAAUGACGACUUCCUUCAAGUUGCCGUGCUGCCCGCUCUCACACGAGUUGAUGCCAUUGCCGCAUACAAGCUUGUAUCCGACAUUGUGUGCUCCAGAGCACACAUCAAAUCCCUCGACCGACUGGUUGACCCAUGGUCUGGUACGGCUGCUUGGUUCCAGGACGAGGUCAACAGUAAAACAAUCGUGACUUUUGCCGACCUCACCAUGGUUGCACUGCACGCCGUGAGCGAGCACUCUUACGCACUCCCCCGAUCGACCUCCCUGUCAGUAGGAUCGACGAAUCCAUAUCCUGAAGAUCGACAGCGGCGAGUCGAACGCCUACUUGCGCUGUUGAACCAUCUCUUACAAGGCUUCACCGGGAAGAGAUUCGGGCCGUUUUGCGAGCCGCUUGCGAAGUGGUUCGUUCAUAAUCGGAGCCACCUUUCGGGCAAGCGCAUAUCUUGGCGAACGCGAGAGUAUGCACUCUGGUUGGUUGCUUUACACUGGGACGGAUUCAACAACGCAUAUCCUCAAGAGCAUGGAUUCCAUCAGAUCGUUACCGCAAUGUUACAAAAUCGACGCGAGGAUGCGCAAUUGCAGCUUCAAUGGCGUAGCCUUGAAGCGGAGCGAAGGAUCGCUGUCUUGGCCACACAUUUGCUGAGCCGGUCGUUACGCGACACACCUAAGACGACCGAUGCCAAUACAUUGGCAACGGCCUCCUCGAGUCUUCCAAGCAGUGUGGCUGCCACGAACCGGGUCCGGACAUCCCACGGAUACAAUGAAGAACUGGAUGAAACCACGAUGUUCCAAGGCAUCUGA